CGCGCCGCUCGACGCCGACCUGGGCAACGCGUCCACCACGGUGCCGCCCGACGACGACUACGACUACGACUACGACGACUCGAUGCAGGCGUACGACUGGUGGGAGAUCGUGCCCACGCUCAUCGUGUACCUGCUCACCAUGGUGCUGGGGCUGGUCGGCAACGCUCUCAUCAUCUUCACCACGCAGCGCUACCGCCGCAUGCAGUCCACCACCAACGUGUUCCUGUCGUCGCUCGCCUCGGCAGACCUGCUGCUCAUCGUCGUCUGCAUCCCCGUCAAGCUGGCCAAGCUGAUGUCCUUCACCUGGAACGCGGGCUUCUUCAUGUGCAAGGCGGUGCACUACAUGCAGAACGUGUCCGCCAUGUGCUCCGUGUUCACGCUCACGGCCAUGAGCAUCGAGAGGUAUUACGCCAUCAUCCACCCGAUGAAGGUCAAGUACCUGUGCUCGCUGUCCCAGGCGAGGAAGAUCUGCGCCGGCAUCUGGCUGGCCGCCUUCGUCAUGGCCACGCCCAUCCUGCAGACCAUCGACUACAAGGAGGUGGGCGUCAAGUACUCGGGCAUGUGGUGCGUGCGCGACUUCGAGGACGACUUCAUCCUGCGCUUCAACGACGUGUACUCGCUGGUGGUGAUCCUGGUGGUGCCCACCGGCAUCAUGGUCUUCACGUACUCCGUCAUCUGCUGGGAGGUGUGGCACGUCAUGCUGCAGCGCUGCCAGAUGACCAGCGGCAAGGGCCUCAACGUGGUGGAGAGCAUCCCGCUGUCCAAGAAGCGGCAGGUGGGCUUCCGGGAGUCGCUCAAGAAGAACGCGGGGCAGAUCCGCAUGGAGGAGGAGACGCAGACCGUGAAGCAGGUGACCAAGAUGCUGGUGGCCGUGGUGGUGGUGUUCGUCAUCUGCUGGGCGCCGCUGCUGGUGGACAACCUGCUGACGGCCUACGGCGUGCUGCCGCACGGCUACGAGCGCGUCGGCGACCUCAAGGGCUACAAGUACAUGAGUGUGUGCUUCCACCUGCUGUCCUACUUCAACAGCUGCGUGAACCCGAUCGUGUACGGCUUCAUGUCGCGGAGUUUCCGCGAGAGCUUCCGGCAGGCGCUGUGCCGCUGCUGCAAGACGGCCAGGAAGGCGAACCGGCAGCCGUCCAGCAACACGCGCACCACGUCGCUGCGCAUCAACGACACCAGUUGCAGUGGCGCGGGCCGCUCCGCGUCGGGCUACUGAUGGCACGCCGAGCGCCGGGCCACGAGCUCGGUGCUCUGGAGGAGUCCGGCCCAGUGCCAGUCCUUCGCCCUCCUCGGCGGCAGCGGCGGCAGCGCCUUCAAGGGGCCCUUCGACGCGCACAACAACCUGCACCGCGAGAGCUACCGCCUGGUGCAGGUGGCACUGCACUGCCCCGAGGUACCUGAGGGGAAGGACGACGAGGAGGCCCCCGCCGCGGCAGCAGCAGCCUCGGCCGAGACGCCAUCGAGCUGCCCCUGCCACGCCUGCCCCGCGACCGUGCCGCCCGACGAGCAGACGUCCCUGCAUGCGGACCCCGAUGGUCUCCAGGCGCAUAAAGCGGUGCCCACUCCACUGUGAGGGAGAGCCAAGCAGAGCCAAGUGGCUAUAGUGGAACCGCCGAGAGAGGAGUAGGGCUGCCCAUAAGAAACAGGCAGAGAGGCCUAGUAAACUCACGGGAGGAGGAGAAUACGUGGACUACAGCGCCAUAGCCUUCCAGUUGACAGCAGUGGUGAGAACAGAGUCAAAACUACAUCGAAAAGCAGUCAGACUUGAGUCAGAGGAAUCUCAUCCUUGAAUUUUAUGACGACCUCACCUUGACCCGCUUGUUCUUAUUGGGAAGUCAAAGGAAACGCCCAAAGAAUUUUAUCAAGUUUCAUUCAUGUUCAUUCGGACAUUUUGAUGUGCUGUACUUAGGAGCGCAUCUACUACUCUUCAAGUGCAAACUUUGUGAUCUUAUCUAAGUCUCGUUCCUUAAGCAUAGUGAAUAAGUUAAGUGCAAGAUAUGAAGUGCCAUUACAGUCAUUUGGACACAACAGCAGGAUUUCGGAAAGAACCUGGUUAAUUUGACAAAUGUCUCAUUUGAAACUAUUACUCUUUCGAGAAUCUUUAAUGGGCAGCAGUGAUUGGCGAUGCUGUCAAGGCUCAUUCUAUUAGUCAAUGUCUUAUGUGCUAAACUUUCACAUUAUGUACUGUGUUAAAUGAAUUGUGGCAAUAAAGCAUGUGCCAUUGUGUGA